AUGUAUUUAUUAAAUAUGGGGCGCGCCAUCCUGCUGACUCUCACCGUCAUGUCCAUGCUACUGUGCCAGGGCUUUUGUUCGGGAGUUUUUGAGCUCAAGCUGCAGGAGUUCCUAAACAAGAAGGGAAUACAAGGGAACAAAAACUGCUGUAAGGGAGGCCUGGCUUCGUCUUUCCAGCAGCAGUGCGAGUGUCAAACCUUCUUCAGGAUCUGUCUCAAGCACUACCAGCCCAACGCCUCCCCGGAGCCUCCGUGCACGUACGGCGGAGCUGUGACGCCUGUCCUCGGCUCCAACUCGUUCCAGGUCCCUGAUGUCAUCCCGGAGAGCUCAUUCACCAACCCCAUCAGGAUUAACUUCGGCUUCACGUGGCCCGGGACCUUCUCGCUGAUCAUUGAGGCAUUACACGCAGACUCCAAAGACGACCUCUCCACAGAGAACCCAGAGCGCGUAAUCAGCACCCUGAUCACGCAGAGGCAUCUGACGGUGGGAGACGACUGGUCCCAGGACCUGCACACCAGCGGCAAGACCGAGCUCAAGUACUCGUAUCGGUUCGUGUGUGACGAGCACUACUACGGGGACGGCUGCUCGGUGUUCUGCCGGCCCAGAGACGACGCGUUCGGGCACUUCACGUGCGGGGAGCGCGGGGAGAUUGUGUGCGACGCUGGCUGGAAGGGGCAGUACUGCACGGAGCCGAUCUGCCUCCCAGGCUGCGACGAAGAACACGGCUUCUGCGAGAAACCCGGCGAGUGCAAGUGCAGAGUGGGAUUCAAGGGCCGCUACUGCGAUGAGUGCAUUCGUUACCCGGGCUGCCUCCACGGGACCUGCCAGCAGCCCUGGCAGUGCAACUGUCAGGAGGGAUGGGGCGGACUCUUCUGCAACCAAGAUCUCAACUACUGCACUCACCACAAGCCCUGCAUGAAUGGAGCCACUUGUAGCAACACCGGCCAGGGCAGCUACACCUGUUCCUGCAGGCCGGGCUUCACUGGGGCCAGCUGUGAGAUCCAGGUCAACGAAUGCGCUGGAAACCCCUGCCGCAAUGGAGGAAGCUGCACUGAUUUGGAAAACACAUAUACCUGCACUUGCCCUCACGGUUUCUAUGGCAACAACUGCGAGCUGAGUGCCAUGACGUGCGCUGACGGGCCCUGCUCCAACGGCGGCCGCUGUGCUGACAACCCAGACGGAGGAUACUUCUGCCAGUGCCCCACAGGAUACGCAGGCUUCAACUGUGAGAAGAAGAUCGACCACUGCACCUCGGCCCCGUGCUCCAACGGUGCCCGCUGUGUUGACCUCGUCAACUCGUACCUGUGUCAGUGUCCUGACGGUUUCUCUGGCAUGAACUGCGACCAGACCGGCGAUGAGUGUUCCAUGUACCCUUGCCAAAACGGCGGGACGUGCCAGGAAGGUCCCACUGGCUACACCUGCACCUGCCCGCCAGGAUACACCGGACGCAACUGCAGCUCCCCCAUCAGCCGCUGCGAACACAACCCGUGCCACAAUGGCGCCACCUGCCACGAGAGGAACAACCGCUACGUCUGCGCCUGCGUUCCCGGUUACGGCGGCAGAAACUGUCAGUUCUUGCUCCCAGAGCACGCCGCCAUCCGCGGGUCAGAGGUGCCGUGGAUGGCCGUGGGGUCCGGUGUGGCCCUGGUGCUGCUGCUGCUUGCAGGCUGCGCGGUACUCGUAGGAUUUUACCGCUCAAAAGCCCAGCGCGACAGUCCUAUAGAAUUCGUAGGUGAGGUAGAGACAAUAAAUAACCUUACUAACAACUGUCACCGCAGUGACAGAGACCUGGCGGUCAGCGUGAUGCCCACGCCAGGCGUCAAAAAUAUCAACAAGAAGAUGGACUUCUGCAGCGCUGACCCCGAUGAAGGGUCUUCACCAGCGAGGAGCAGCUUCAAGAGCCGGCAUCCGCCUGCAGACUACAACCUCGUACACGAGGUCAACUACGAGCAGGCGGCCAAAGAGGCCAUGCUGGAGGCGGCCUGCGAGGACAAGUGCCAAUCCCUGGACUCGUUUGAGUUCGAGGAGAAACGCAGCAAACGUUUAAAAAGCGAUGCAUCAGAAAAGAAAGCCCCAGAAAUGUCUGCAUGUGCGGACACCAAGUACAAAUCUGUGUUUGUGAUGUCAGAGGAAAAGGACGAAUGUAUAAUUGCAACUGAGGUGUAACGAGCCACCAGUGGGCCGCCCGUUGCUCUUUUGCUCUAAUGGGAGAGUUUUUAUACUCCUUCAGAUGCUGCUCUAAACCCUAGGGGGAGGUGUCCC